UUGACCUGUGAGAGUUCUUGUGCCAAAGCAAGUCUCUUCUGCACUGUAAAUAGCGCAAGUGUUUCCUUCUCUGCCGAGUCUUAACUUUCUGCCUAAUCAGUAGUCACAGUGGACGCAGUGUAGUAUUUAACCAUCUUUGCUCGGUGGUUUUAUAGCAUAAUUUACUUGGAGAUUGCUUAAUACCAGGCCUUUCCAUCGCAGACUAGUUGUUUCAAUCACUUGUUUUACCUGAAAUUAUUGAGCUGACAAUGUGUCGAUCUGUCGGAGCAACCAAGUGUUUCAGACUGAAAUGCACCCUUAAAAGCCCAUGCUUCUUUUACACCUGAAAGUUACCCUCUUUGUGACUUUGUCCUCUGUCAGAAUCAUGUGCAAACUUUCCUGGCUCUCUCCCCUGGUUAGGUGAUGAUGUGUGUGUGUAUGUAAGUGUCCAACUAGUUUACGGAAAGAAUAAUUAGUAGUGCAUCCUAACUUCCUAAGCAUGAGGCCCAGGUGAUAAUAUUAGAUACUGGAGGCUCUUUAUACUUUGGCUAGCUACUCCUUUUCAAGGGAAGACAGCCAGCUCUUUAUAUAACGCUGCAUCGCUUCAUCUGCCCAACUUGGUGCCUUCUGGAGCUCAGCUACAGCACACCAGUGGAGGAGUUCCCUGUGUUCAGUGAUUCUCCCUCGAGUUCUUGGCUGUAUAUCUGCCGAUUAGGAGGCCAUCAUCCUCUGUCGAAGAAAAGUCCACCGCAGCAAGUUAUGAGGUGAUCAGUUCAAGUAGUCGUAUGAUAUAAUGGAGCUCUACCCUGGAUAUCUCGAAGACCAUUUCAACAUCCACAAGCUCAGCAGCGUCACCGGCGGCGUCUCCCCGCCGGAGUACAUGACCACGGCGUCCACGCAGUACGCGCCGGCGCCCCUCAGGAUGGGCAUGUACGACCGCCACCACCAGCAGCAGCCUCCCCCGCCACCGGCACCGCCGCAGCAACAUCAGCAGCAGCCGGUGGUCGGCAUGUGGAGCACCGACCCUUUCAAGGUCGACAGCGGCGGCCAGGCCACCAGCGGCUCCACCAUCAUGGAGGGGGACACCAAGUUCGACCACACGGGGCUGGAAGAUGUUCCACACAUGGACGAGCUGGAGGAAGCAGGGGACGCCGAUCAGGAAGCCAGCAAGCCGCGAGACAAGGCCCAGAGAAGACUUGCACAGAACAGAGAGGCUGCCCGGAAAAGCCGACUCCGGAAAAAGGCUUACAUCCAGCAGCUAGAGACGAGCCGGAUAAAGCUGGCCCAGCUUGAGCAAGAGCUUCAACGUGCCAGACAGCAGCAAGGCGUAUACGGCGGUCCGAACCCGGGCGGCCUGCAGGGCGGUCCGAACCUCGGAGGGUUCGCGGGGGCGCCCAUGGACCCCGGCGUGGCGGCGUUCGAGCUCCAGUACGGGCACUGGGUGGACGAGCAGGAGCGGCACACCACCGAGCUGCGUGGCGCGCUCCAGGCGCAGGCGACGUCGGAGCUGGAGCUGCGGAUGCUGGUGGAGACCGGGCUCGCCAACUACGACCACCUCUUCCGGAUCAAGAGCGCCGCCGCCUGCGCCGACGUCUUCUGCGUCAUGUCCGGCCUCUGGCGCUCCCCCGCCGAGCGCUUCUUCCUCUGGAUCGGCGGAUUCCGGCCCUCCGAAGUCCUCAACAUUCUGAGCCCGCAGCUGGAGCCGCUGUCGGACCAGCAGGUGGUGGCGGUGUACAGCCUGCGGCAGUCGUCGGCGCAGGCGGAGGACGCGCUGUCGCAGGGCAUGGAGAAGCUGCAGCAGACGCUGUCUGAGUCCCUGCUGGCCACCGCCGACCCCUUCGCCAUCCCCGACGCCUACAACAUGGGGACCAGCAGCGCGGUGGUGAAGCUCAAGGGCCUCGUCGGCUUCAUGCAGCAGGCAGACCAUCUUCGGCAGGAGACGCUGCAGAACAUGCACAAGAUCCUCACGACGCGGCAGGCGGCGAGGGGCCUCCUCGCGCUGGGAGACUACUUCCAGCGCCUCCGCGCGCUCAGCUCGCUCUGGGCGGCGCGCCCGCGCGAGUCGGCCAUAAGCUAAAACGUUGUAAUGCUGGAAUUCAAAUGCUGCAGAAGCUAGUAGUGAUCCGUCAGCUGUGUAGUUCACAGGCGAUGAUGAUGAUGGGCCAGUGAGUGAAGGAUGAAGAAAUCCAUCUCGCUGGAUUUCGGCACAAGAAUUGGUGACGUUCAGAUGAAACGAGCAUCCUCUUCAGGUGGGCAGUAGAGAAGAUUAUGUACAUAUGUUUUUGGUGUGACGAUGAUGAUGACCAUGAUGGUAAAGUAGUGAUGAAAUUGCAAAUGAGAAGGAGACAGCCUAAUAGUGAUAUAAGUAUAUGAUGUAAUUAUAUGCAUGUAACUAGCAGUGUUAAUAUGUUCCUCUUGCUUA